AGACAUUUCAGUUUAUUGCAAAGUUUCUAAUCAAACGUACUAUAAGAAGCAUUAAUUGUAAAAAUUUAUUGCUUGAACAUUUUUAGAUCCAGUACGGUUUAUAUCUAGAUAAAAGGAUUACCAUGAAACGUUUCGUAGUUUUGCUUCUGUUGGUGGGAGUUGUCACAGCUACUCCUACUUUACAUAAAUUGAAGAAGAAGUUGCUUGGUGGUGGAGGAGGUGGUUUUGGUGGUGGCUUUGGAGGCGGCUAUGGAGGUGGUGGUGGCGGUGGUUAUGGUGGUCAUGGCUAUAACCAAGGUGGAGGCUAUCAAGUCGUAGCUGUUAAACAAGUUCCCGUCUAUACUGUACAAAAAGUUCCUGUUAGCUACGGUGGUGGCGGCGGUGGUUAUGGUGGCGGUCAUGGAGGCUAUGGUGGUCAAGGUUAUAGCGGUCAAGGUGGAUAUGGUGGUCAAGGCGGUUAUGGCGGCCAAGGAGGUUAUGGUGGUUACGGCGGUCAGGGAGGUUAUGGCGGUGGUGGUCAAGGCUCUUAUGCCUCUAGCAAUGCCGGUAGUUAUGGUAGCGGAGGUGGCGGUUAUGGCGGUCAUCCUGGCGUCGGAGGUGGUUGCAAUUCCUGUGGAGGUGGUAAUCAACUUUAUGGCGGUGGUGGUGGCAGCAGUGGUUCCUACGCUACAUCCAGUGCCCAAUCAUCGAGUGGUAGCUACUCGCAUGGUUGGUAAACCCAUCGGAUUUGUAAAAAAAUAUUAUUAGUUUAAGUACUUUUGUAAAAUAAAUUUUGUAAAAAACUAGUCUCAAAA